AUGCCGUGCUCUCACAGCACUCACAGCGUCGACAAAUCCGCGAGCAAAUCGAUGUUGGGGAGGUACAAGACGUACAAAUCUGGGACCAAGAAGCUCGUGGACUACCUUGUCAGCACUGGCAGCAAGUGCACGGAUCUUAAGGCCAUCAUCAAGUCACUCAAUUGCGGAUUGCCAGCAAAGUCGUCCAAGAGCAAAUCAUCUGGUAGUCAAGCAGACCGCAAGCUGAAAACGCAAGAUUUGCUCAAGCUUGCGCAAGCCAUCGCCGACGCUGACCCGCCACUGGACGUUCCGGACACCGUCAUUGGCGUUCUCGAGGAUGUGAUUGCAGGUCACGAGCAAUGUGCGAAUUGGUACGCGGCACUUGAGGAUGGUGGCAAGCUUCAGAAGCAGAACGAGAGUCACCGCUUCUUCAUCGAGGUCCUAAAGCGCAUCCUCAAGCUGCUCACCUCCGCUCGAGCUAAGCUUGUCUCUACGGCGAAGCCCACCGUCAAUCGAAUGAGCACGCAAUCGAAGUCGAAGAAAAAGAAGAAGGCGGACAACGAUACUAACGGAACAGCCGACGCCAUCAGCAACCUCUUCAGCCUUCUUCAAGUCGAAGACCCAACCGACGAAGAGGCAUUCGAGGAACCGCCGCCGCCGUAUCCAUCUGCCACAACGACCGCUACCAGUUUCAAGCUUGAGACAGAAGAUGAUGACUCUGCUUUUGCGACAUGA